AUGGUUUUGGAUUGCAAAAACGCCACCGCUCAUUUGGCUUCUUACUCUAAAAAGGACGGUUUGGACGUCCAGACCUUGAUCGACUCCGCCAACUUUGGUGGUUUGACCUACAAUGACUUCUUGGUCUUGCCUGGUUUGAUCAACUUCCCAGCUUCCGAGGUGAAGUUGGAAUCCAAGUUGACCAAGAAGAUCACCAUGAAGAGCCCAUUCUUGUCUUCUCCUAUGGACACUGUCACCGAGGAGAACAUGGCCAUCCACAUGGCUCUCUUGGGUGGCAUUGGUAUCAUCCACCACAACUGUUCUGCUGAUGAGCAGGCCGAGAUGGUGAGAAAGGUUAAGAAGUUCGAGAAUGGUUUCAUUAACGACCCUAUCGUUAUUUCCCCAAAUGUCACCGUCCGUGAUAUCAGAAGAUUGAAGGAGACCAUUGGUUUCUCUUCUUUCCCUGUUACUGAAAACGGUAAGCCAGGCGCUAAGCUUUUGGGUAUCAUCACUUCCCGUGAUGUUCAAUUCUUGGACGAUGACUCCAUCAAGGCUGGUGACGUUAUGACCAAGGAUCUCGUCACUGCUAAGAAGGGUAUCACUUUGACCGAGGGUAACAACAUCUUGAGAACUUCCAAGAAGGGUAAGUUGCCAAUUAUCGACUCCGAGGGCAACUUGGUCGCUUUGAUCUCUUUGACUGACUUGCAGAAGAACCAGGACUACCCUGAUGCUUCUAAGUCUUUCGACUCCAAGCAGUUGUUGUGUGGUGCCGCUAUUGGUACCAUUCCAGCUGACAGAGAGAGAUUGGACAAAUUGGUUGACGCUGGUUUGGAUGUUGUUGUCUUGGACUCUUCCAACGGUUCUUCCGUUUUCCAGUUGGACAUGCUUAAGUGGAUUAAGGAGAAGCACUCACACUUGCAGGUUAUUGCCGGUAACGUCGUCACCAGAGACCAAGCUGCUUUGUUGAUCGAGGCCGGUGCUGACGGUUUGAGAAUUGGUAUGGGUUCUGGUUCCAUCUGUAUCACCCAGGAGGUCAUGGCUUGUGGUAGACCUCAGGGUACCGCUGUCUACAAUGUCUGCGAGUUUGCUCACCAGUUCGGUGUUCCAUGUAUCGCUGACGGUGGUAUCGGUAACAUUGGCCACAUCACCAAGGCCCUCGCUUUGGGUGCUGACUGUGUUAUGAUGGGUGGUUUGUUGGCUGGUACUUCUGAGACUCCAGGUGACUACUUCUACCGUGACGGUAAGAGAUUGAAGACCUACAGAGGUAUGGGCUCUAUCGAUGCUAUGCAGCUGACUGAGACCAACGCCAACGCUUCUACCUCCCGUUACUUCUCUGAGGCCGACAAGGUCUUGGUUGCCCAGGGUGUGUCUGGUUCUGUCGUUGACAAGGGUUCUAUCACCAAGUUUAUCCCAUACUUGUUCAACGGUUUGCAGCACUCCUUGCAGGACAUUGGUGUCACUUCUGUCACCGACUUGAAGGAGAGAGUUUACGGUGGUGAUGUGAGAUUCGAGUUCAGAACUGCUUCUGCCCAGUUGGAAGGUGGUGUUCACGGCUUGCACUCUUACGAGAAAAAGUUGCACAACUAA